AUGGACAAGGUAAAUAGAAACAAUGAAGCUUUCCGUGAGCAUCAUCGUGGCCAUCUCCGUUGCGUCUUCGUCGCCAUCUCUGUUGCAUCUUCCGAUGAAACUUGCAUAAGAAGAAACAUCGACAGCUCGCAACCACCAAUCUCUACACUCGAAACCAAGGUGAGAUCAAUAAUUAUCACUCAUGCGGAAAGGCUAUGCAGAGACAUGGCUCGUGAAGCAAUGUUCCAACAGAUAAAUCCAUGUGUAGAUCCUAGAAGCCAAAAGUGGGAAAUGGUGGACAAUGAAUAA